AUGGAGCCCUCCAGAGCGCUUCUCGGCUGCCUGGCGAGCGCCGCCGCUGCCGCCCCGCCGGGGGAGGAUGGAGCCGGGGCUGGGGCCGAGGAGGAGGAAGAAGAGGAGGAGGAGGCGGUGGCGGCCCCCCGGGAGCUGGGCUGCGGCGCGCCGCUGCCCUACUGGACGGCAGUGUUCGAGUACGAGGCGGCGGGCGAGGACGAGCUGACCCUGCGGCUGGGCGACGUGGUGGAGGUGCUGUCCAAGGACUCGCAGGUGUCCGGCGACGAGGGCUGGUGGACCGGGCAGCUGAACCAGCGAGUGGGCAUCUUCCCGAGCAACUACGUGACCCCGCGCAGCGCUUUCUCCAGCCGCUGCCAGCCCGGCGGCGAGGACCCCAGUUGCUACCCGCCCAUUCAGUUGUUAGAGAUUGACUUUGCGGAGCUGACCUUGGAAGAGAUUAUCGGCAUCGGGGGCUUUGGGAAGGUCUAUCGUGCUUUCUGGAUAGGGGAUGAGGUCGCUGUAAAAGCAGCUCGCCAUGAUCCCGACGAGGACAUCAGCCAGACCAUAGAGAACGUCCGCCAGGAGGCCAAGCUCUUUGCCAUGCUGAAGCACCCCAACAUCAUUGCCCUUCGGGGGGUGUGUCUGAAGGAACCCAACCUCUGCUUGGUCAUGGAGUUUGCUCGUGGAGGGCCUUUGAAUAGAGUGUUAUCUGGGAAAAGGAUUCCCCCAGACAUCCUGGUGAACUGGGCUGUGCAGAUUGCCAGAGGGAUGAACUACUUACAUGAUGAGGCGAUUGUCCCCAUCAUCCACCGUGACCUUAAAUCCAGCAACAUACUGAUCCUCCAGAAGGUGGAGAAUGGAGACCUGAGCAACAAGGUUUUGAAGAUCACUGAUUUCGGCCUGGCUCGGGAAUGGCACCGAACCACCAAGAUGAGCGCAGCCGGGACGUAUGCCUGGAUGGCCCCUGAAGUCAUUCGUGCCUCCAUGUUUUCCAAAGGCAGCGAUGUGUGGAGCUACGGGGUGCUGCUUUGGGAGCUCCUGACUGGUGAGGUGCCCUUCCGGGGAAUCGAUGGCUUAGCAGUCGCUUAUGGAGUGGCCAUGAACAAGCUCGCCCUUCCCAUUCCUUCUACAUGCCCGGAACCUUUUGCCAAACUCAUGGAAGAUUGCUGGAAUCCUGACCCCCAUUCACGCCCAUCUUUCACGAGUAUCCUGGACCAGCUAACUACCAUAGAGGAGUCUGGUUUCUUUGAGAUGCCCAAGGACUCCUUCCACUGCCUGCAGGAUGACUGGAAGCACGAGAUUCAGGAGAUGUUUGACCAACUCAGGGCCAAAGAAAAGGAGCUACGCACCUGGGAAGAGGAGCUGACGCGGGCCGCGCUCCAGCAGAAGAACCAGGAGGAGCUGCUGCGGCGCCGGGAGCAGGAGCUCGCUGAGCGGGAGAUCGACAUUCUGGAACGAGAGCUCAACAUCAUCAUCCACCAGUUAUGCCAGGAGAAGCCCCGGGUCAAGAAGCGCAAGGGCAAGUUCAGGAAGAGCCGGCUGAAGCUCAAGGACGGAAAUCGCAUUAGCCUCCCUUCUGACUUCCAGCACAAGUUCACGGUACAGGCCUCGCCCACCAUGGAUAAAAGGAAGAGUCUGAUCAACAGCCGGUCCAGUCCUCCUGCGAGCCCCACCAUCAUCCCUCGCCUUCGUGCCAUCCAGUUGACACCAGGCGAAAGCAGCAAAACCUGGGGCCGGAGCUCUGUGAUCCCCAAGGAGGAGGGGGAGGAGGAGGAGAAGAGGGCCCCCAAGAAGAAGGGGCGGACAUGGGGGCCAAGUACACUUGGUCAGAAGGAAUUUGCCUCAGGAGACGAAGGAUCCCCUCAGAGACGGGAGAAAGCUAAUGGUUUAAGUACCCCAUCAGAUUCUCCACAUUUCCACUUGGGCCUCAAGUCCCUGGUAGAUGGAUACAAACAGUGGUCGUCCAGUGCCCCCAACCUGGGGAAGGGCCCAAGGAGUAGUCCAGCCCUGCCGGCGUUCACCAGCCUUAUGGAGAUGGAGGAUGAAGACAGCGAAGGCCCACGGAGUGGGGAGAGUCGUCUCCCGCCGUCACCCAGCCAGUCCUACCUCUGUAGCCCAUUCCCUCGCGGGGAAGAUGGGGAUGGCCCCCUCAGCGACGGCGGUCACGAGGAGCCCACCCCGGUCAACUCGGCCACCAGUACCCCUCAGCUGACGCCAACCAACAGCCUCAAGCGGGGCGGCCCCCACCACCGCCGCUGCGAGGUGGCUCUGCUCGGCUGCGGGGCCGUCCUCGCCGCCACGGGCCUCGGGUUUGACCUGCUGGAAGCUGGCAAGUGCCAGCUGCCGCCCCCGGAGGAGCCCGAGCCACCAGCCCGGGAGGAGAAGAAGAGGCGCGAGGGGCUCUUCCUGAGAGCCAGCCGGCCCCGCCGGAGCACCAGCCCCCCAUCCCGGAAGCUCUUCAAGAAGGAGGAGCCCGUGCUGUUGCUAGGAGACCCCUCCGCCUCGCUGACGCUGCUGUCUCUCUCCUCCAUCUCCGAGUGCAACUCCACCCGCUCCCUGCUGAGAUCUGACAGCGAUGAGAUCGUGGUGUACGAGAUGCCCGUCAGCCCCGUGGAGGCCCCGGCCCUGAGCCCCUGCACCCGCAACCCCCUGGUCAACGUCCGAGUGGAGCGCUUCAAACGAGACCCGAAGCAGUCCCUGACCCCCACCCACGUCACCCUCACGGCCCCCGCGCAGCCCAGCGCUCACCGGCGGACUCCUUCCGACGGGGCCCUCAAGCCGGCUGCCCCUCCAGCCAGCAGGAGCCCCUCAUCCAGCAAUGGACUGAGUCCCAGCCCUGGAGCAGGAAUGCUGAAAACCCCCAGCCCCAGCCGAGACCCAGGUGAAUUCCCCCGUCUCCCUGACCCGAAUGUGGUCUUUCCCCCGACCCCAAGGCGCUGGAACACCCAGCAGGACUCUACCUUGGAGAGACCCAAGACCCUGGAGUUUCUGCCUCGGCCACGUCCUUCGGCCAACCGGCAACGGCUGGACCCGUGGUGGUUUGUGUCCCCCAGCCACGCCCGUAGCGCCUCCCCGGCCAACAGCUCCAGCACAGAGACGCCCAGCAACCUGGACUCCUGCUUGGCCAGCAGCAGCAGCACCGUGGAGGAGCGGCCGGGCCUGCCAGCCCUGCUCCCCUUCCAGGCGGGGCCGCUGCCGCCCACCGAGCGGACGCUUCUAGACCUGGAUGCGGAGGGCCAGAGUCAGGACAGCACUGUGCCGCUGUGCAGAGCUGAACUGAACACACACAGGCCUGCCCCUUAUGAGAUCCAGCAAGAGUUCUGGUCUUAGCAUGCAAAGGGUUGAGGGCGGCAAGGGGGGACGCAGGAGGAGAUGGGGAGGGGAGCUGGCUGGCACAGCCCUUUCUCAGAAUUGGACCCCUCAGAGCCUCCCGCCCUACUUCUUGCACUGAUAAUGCACUUUGAAGAUGGAAGGGAUGGAAGCAGGGCCCCUUCAGAAGGCUUCUCACCCUGCAGGGCCCUUCUCCCCAGGUCCGCUGGAGGGGCUGUGGCCAUCAGCUCUGGCUGUGUUGGGGAGGGAGGGGUGCGUGCAUGUCCCCCACCCUCCACAGUCUUCCUCGCCUUCAGGGUGACUGCAGUCACUCAGCCGAAUCUGCCUGCUGCUCCCUCUCUUCAGCCCCCAGGGGGUGCCCUCCUGGGGUCCCUCUGUUAGCCCUGAGUUCAGCCUUCCGCACACACCCAGUAUUGGAUGUUCUCUGAUUGAUUUUGCUCCUCUUCCACGUGCUUUCCUGACACCCAUGAAUGAGAAUCUCGUUUGGUGUGAGAUGUGAGCUUUUCUGCGUCCUAAGCCCUAUGGUGCCGGCUAGAGAAUGGAAGACAGAGUGCCCCUGCGUUGGGCACAGGAAUUGAGGGAGCUGGGACCACCUGCUGCACUUCCAUGCACCCCCACUUCUUUAUUUGAGCCUCCCAGUGGUACGGGACCUGCCUCCGUGAGAACUGGAAAGAGGAGGGAAUUAGGAAAUACAGUUGAGUUGCAGUAAAGAGGGUAACAAAGUCUGUCUGUCCUCAUUCCUUUCAUAAACACUCAAAGAAGGGCAGAAACCAGCACGUGUUGACAGCACCCAUCUCCUGCUUGGGGGUCCAGAUGUGAUCAGACCCGGUUCUGAAUCAAAUAUGCACCCAUCCCAGGAAUUGCCUGGGGAGGCUCAAUCUCUGGUGUCAGUUCUGAAACCAGAGACAAAGUUCCUGUGUUUGGCCCUUUUGUCAUCUGAUCUGUAUGUGUCUUCCCUUGCCUUGAUCUGCCCUCCAGUCCCUGGAAUUAGUGGAUUUGAGGUUACAUGUUUGGUGGGGAGGUAUCUCUACCCUGCACCAGAAUAGCAUGUAGAAUUGGGUCCUAGACACUGGGAGUUGGAGCCAUGGGGCUUCCUGCUCGCCCGUUGUCAUUCUGCAAAGCCCUUAAAGUCAAACGAGCCCUUAGUAGUUCCUUGCGUGAAUGGAUGUGGUGGCUGACAAUACCUGUAAGGUGCCGUGUGAGCUCCUCAUGUACCCUCAUCUUCAAGUGCGAGUGUGGGAGACCGACCAGGGCUUUUUGUCUUCAUGCACAGGUAGCCCCCACUGUGGGACCCCCGACCAUGAGUUGGAUAGGAAGGAACAGAGGCCAAUCCUGGCUUUUCUGGAAUUCAUUUCUGUGGCUUGAAUGUUGAUCUUCUGGAGCUCUCUCACAUGAGUCUCCUCUCUUCCUCUUACCCUGAGGCUCCCGAGGCAGGUGUGAACAGUUGUCUUUGAGUGGGGAUAACGACAGGAGUAGAGUCCUUAGUUCACGCUCCUCCUGACCCAAGACUCUGUGUCACUCCCUCGUCGUU